AUGCAACUAUCCACCAUUCGCGGCUUGCUUCUUGUUGUAAUGGCUUCGUCAGCAUAUGCGGCAAGGACUGGCUGCAACGAUGGUGAAGUUGCUGUAGGAACAUCGCAGACUUGUGGUAUCGGAUCGCCAAGAGGAGGGCCAAGCUGUAAUGACGUUCAAGCCGCUAUUUAUGCCAACGACUGCGGUAUCAUCAAUAGAUCAGAUCACGAGGACCCUUGUGCAGGAGGUCCGGGAAACCCAGGCGUCAAAUGGAUUCAUCCUGGCACUGUUGGAUGCACAGCAGAUGGUACUCCUUCACUCAUCCAAACGGAAGGCGGUUUCUUUGGGAACUGCAGACGAGUGAACUCGAACUGUAGCCCAGCUCCGUUCAUCUUCCAAUUUGCAUCUUGGUGCUGCCCCAGGCUCUGA